AAAAGCUAUAUAUAUCAUCUUGCCUAGUGGCUUCCAACUCAGAUUCCUCCCUUGAAGAAGCAACUCAUUCUUCAAGACUCAAGGAUAAGAAGGAAUAUUUACCGUUCUCUUUCCCGUCGUGGUUAUCUCAACAGAUUCUCCAGUCUCACGAGACAUCAGUGUUUUCGGUUGGCAACAACAAGAAGUCGCCUUGUUCUUCACCAGCAUCAUCACCACCACCGUCACAACAACUUUCAAUCAUGGCUGAACCAACCCCUCCCACCGAGCUCGGCCGCCUCCGCGUCCUCUCUUCUGCCGCAGGCGUCCGAGUCUCCCCAUUGCAGCUAGGCGGCAUGUCCAUUGGCGACGCCUGGGCCGGUAUGAUGGGCUCUAUGGACAAGGACGCCGCCUUCAAGCUUCUCGACGCCUUCUACGCGGCCGGUGGUAACUUCAUCGACACUGCCAAUAACUACCAGAACGAACAGUCUGAGACGUGGAUCGGUGAAUGGCUGACAGCCCGUAAGAAUCGCGAUUCUGUGGUCCUGGCAACCAAAUUCAGCAUGGACUAUCGCAGCCACGCUCAAGGCACUGGAGUCCCAUCUGCCAACUUCGCCGGCAACUCUCGCCACAGUAUUCACGUCAGUGUGCGUGAUUCGCUGAAAAAAUUGCAGACUGAUUAUAUUGACAUUUACUACGUUCACUACUGGGACUACACCACAUCCAUCAAAGAACUUAUGGAUUCUCUUCACGUUCUUGUUCAGCAAGGCAAAGUUCUGUAUCUUGGCGCAUCGGAUACCCCUGCUUGGAUAGUUGCUGCCGCAAACACCUACGCCAUCGACCACGGAAAGACACCUUUCAGUAUCUAUCAGGGCCGUUGGAAUCUAUUGCACCGAGACUUCGAACGGGAUAUUAUUCCCAUGGCUCGCCAAUUCGGCAUGGCGCUUGCACCAUGGGAUGUCCUUAGCGGCGGUAAGUUCCAGUCCAAGGCUGAGCUUGAGAGACGCCAGAAGUCAGGCGAGGCGCUUCGCAGCUUCGCAGGAAAGCCUGCCCACCAGAAUGCGGAUGAGGUCAAGGUAAGCGAGGCGCUGGCCAAAGUUGCUGCCGAGCACGGCACCGAGUCGGUCACAUCUAUCGCCCUCGCCUACGUCUUGUCCAAGGCGUCCAACGUUUUCCCUAUUGUUGGUGGCCGCAAAGUCCAACACCUCCAGGACAACAUCCAAGCGCUGAGCAUCAAACUUACUCCAGCGCAAAUCGAGUACCUUGAGAGCGUCCACCCCUUCAACCCUGGUUUCCCGCACAACUUCAUCCCGGCGGACCCCAACGUCACUGGCAAGUCGUUCUUGAUCGGGCGUACAAAUGCCAUGAAAUUCCCGAAUGCAAACCAGCCAACGUCCAUAUAAACCCUCUGAAUCAGUGUGAAUUGGAGGCGUAGCCGCCGAUAGUGGGCGUCUCCUCGAGAUUACUUUCACGAUAUACACAGAGAGUUUGUAGCGGCACCCCAAUAAGUACUGAUGGGGCGUAUUGGACGCAUAUAUGAGGUCCCACCAUUUUCUGGUGAGAGCAUAUGAUGGUUGCUAGAAUGUAGGAGGCUAUAGUAUACCAGACCGUGUACUAGAAUAGAAAUACAUGAUGGCUUUGUGUCCAAUGUCGCUA